AUGGAGAACCAAAAGACGUUGCUUUCUGAACUUCGCUCGCGUAGUGCUGUUGACUGUGAUACCCUGGAUGUGGAAGUCGCCCAAGCACUGGGGCCUUUUGUUGAUUGUACAUCAAACCAGCCUCUGACUAGNGCCAUUGUGAACAUCGAACUGCAGAAACCAAAGAACGAACCUCUCGUCAUCGAAUCUAUUCAACAAGCAAAGCAGCUAUACCCUCAAUAUGCCUCUGAAGCCACCUUCGAACAAUUCGCUUCCGAAGUCAUGGCAGUCAACCUCUCGGCAAGAAUGAUUCCUUACCUCACUGGCCGCGCUCUAAUCCAAACAAACCCCUACCACGCCUACUCUACUGCUGCCACUGUCGCUAAUGCCAAACGCAUUAUUGCCAUUUACAAGACUGUUUUACCUGAUCAUCCCAGCAAUCGUGUCUGCAUUAAGAUCCCUAGUACUUGGGAAGGCAUUGCUGCGUGCAAGGAGCUUGAGCAACAGGGUAUUGUUACCUUGGCCACGACGUUGUUCUCUAUGGAACAAGCUGCCGCCGCGCAUCUUGCUGGAUGCUCAUACAUCGCCCCCUAUGUGAAUGAGUUGCCAGUGCAUUUUGUGCCUGGACACGUGGACAACGACAAAGGCUUUGCCCUCACCCGCUCCUGCCAAUCUCUGUACUCGCGCCUCAACAGCAAGACUUUGGUUAUGCCCGCCUCUCUGACCUCAGUAGAGGAAUGCCUCAAAGUCAGCGGUGCCCACCAUAUCACCAUUUCACCUCCUCUGCUUGCUGCUCUGGCUUCUACACCCGCUACUUCCUCUGCCACCACUCUGCUCUUCUUCGACGAAGUAGUCGAGGGAGAAGAAACAGGUGAUGCAGAGUUGUUGGACGCUGUCAGUAGAGAGCAGAGUUACAGAAUCAGAUACACGCGCCUCAAAAACGGAGCUGCGGAGAAGAAAUUAGUGGACGCUAUCAAUAUCUUUGCGGAUUGUCAGGAUGCUACUGAGGAGUUGGUUAGGAGGUAUGUUAAAUGA